GGCGACGAGAAAGGAUUGAGCCGCCGCCGUGAACGCCGCCAACGCCAUGCCUCCCGUGGGGAUCCCUGACUCCGGAGACGUGGCCGACAUCACCGACGUCAUCGAGCAGGCCAGCCAGGGCAGCGGCGGCAGGCCCAGGACCACGGCGUCAAGCGCGUCCAUGGACAACGCGGUGCGGAUCCUGGUGGAGGAGAUCGACUCCGCGGGGCAGGACGGGCCGGCCAAGGCGGCGGAGGGCGGCCAGGCGAACGGCCAGGCGAACGGCCAGGCGGACCCCGGGAGGACGACGGCGCAGCCUCCGGACCCCUCUUCUCCCGGCGACGCCGCGGACGCCAACCACGGCGACCUGAGUUACCCGAGGGUCGUCAAGGGCGUCCGCAGGGCGUUCGCCACGGGGCGGACGCUGUCCUACGAGUACCGCAUGCAGCAGCUCAAGAACCUGCUGGCCAUGAUGGAGGAGUGCGAGGAGGACAUCAUCGAGGCCCUGAGGCUGGACCUGCGGAGGAACAAGCACGAGACCAUCUUCGUGGAGGUGGACGCCACCAAGAACGAGCUGCUGCACACCUUGGCGGAGCUCAAGGAGUGGAUGAAGCCGGAGAAACCGCGCAAGACGAUGGCCAGCCUGCUGGACACGCUGACCAUCUACAAGGACCCGCUCGGCGUGGUGCUGGUGAUGGGCGCGUGGAACUACCCCGUGUUCCUGACGGUGUCGCCCCUCAUCGGCGCCAUCGCCGCGGGCAACGCGGCCAUCAUCAAGCCGUCAGAGAUCGCGGCCGCCACGGCAGAGUUCUUCGCCAGGAAGGUCCCCAAGUACCUGGACCCGGAGUGCUACCGGGUCGUGCUGGGCGGCAUCCCCGAGACCACGUUGCUGCUCAAGGAGCGCUUCGACUACAUCUUCUACACGGGGUCCACCAUGGUGGGGAGGAUCGUCCGGGAGGCGGCCAACAAGCACCUCACGCCGGUCACCCUCGAGCUGGGCGGCAAGAGCCCCACGUACCUGAGCGCGACGGCGGACAUCGAGGUGGCCACGAGGCGCAUCAUGUGGGGCAAGUGCAUGAACGUCGGCCAGACGUGCGUGGCGCCGGACUACCUGCUGUGCACGCCCGAGGUGCGCGACCUGUUCGUGGCCGCGGCCAAGAAGGUGCUGCUGGACUUCUGCGGCGCGGACCCCAAGGCCAGCACCGACCUCGCCCGCAUCGUCUCCGACAGGCAGUUCCAGAGGCUGACGCAGUACCUGAAGUGCGGCAAGAUCGUGAUCGGCGGCGAGACAGACGCCGCGGAGCGCUUCAUCGCCCCCACCGUGCUGGUGGACGUCAAGGCCGACGACCCCGUCAUGCAGGACGAGAUCUUCGGGCCCAUCCUGCCGAUCUACACCGUGCGCGACGCCAGCGAGGCCAUCGAGUUUAUCAACAGCCGUGAGAAGCCCCUGGCUCUGUACGUGUUCACCAACGAUGAGCAGGAGUACAAACUCUUCAUCAAGCACACCAGCAGCGGCGGCAUCUGCGUCAACGACUGCAUGAUCCACGUCGCCGUGGAGGGCCUGCCGUUCGGCGGCGUCGGCGAGAGCGGCAUGGGCGCCUACCACGGCAAGAAGUCCUUCGACACCUUCAGCCACCACAAGUCCGCCCUCAUCAAGGACCUGGGCGCCAUCGGCGAGGCGGCCGGCUCCCUGAGGUACCCGCCGUACCACGACAAGAAGAUGGCCUUCUUCCGGAUGGUGAUGCGUCGUCGGGAGUUGCCGCGAAUGCCCACCGUGCGCGACAUGGUCACCCUCAGCUUGGGCGCCGCCAUCAUGUGGGGCGUCAGCCUCGCCCUUCCGCAGUGCUAGGCUCGUCGGGGGGCUCAACAUUUUAUUUUAAG